UCCCCACUACAUACCAAACCAAAAAAUUUGUAAACUUCAAAUAUUUCUACUUUCUUUAACAAAAAAUAUAUCCUACAAUAUGAUUAGCACAAAAAAGCUAAUUAAAAUGGCAAGGAAGUGGAGAAAAAUAGCAGCUGCCAGCAGGAAAAGGAUUCACUGGUCAAGACCAGUAACUGAAAACGGUCAUUUUGUUAUUUAUACUAGUGAUAAAAGACGGUUUAUGAUUCCACUUACAUACCUCAAGAACGACAUUUUCACAGAGCUCUUUCAAAUGGCAGAGGAAGAGUUUGGAGCAGCAGCUUCAGGUCCGAUUGUUCUUCCUUGUGAUUCAACUUUCAUGGAGUACGCAAUAUCUAUGAUCCAAAGACAUGUUGCCAAGGACUUAGAGAAGGCGCUAAUCAUGUCCCUAGCCACCUACAGAUACUCAUCAUUGUCAAAUGAAAAUGAACAAACGAAUUGUCAAUUGUUAAUUUGUAGUUUCUAAUAAAAAUUUGUAGCUUUUAUUGUAGAAAAUACAUAGCUGUACAGUUUUGCAUAGAAAGAAUCAAUGCAAGCCCCAAAUAUAAAUUCAGAACAAAAAGGC